AUCCGGUGUUGGGGAGGGGCUGCAGGAAGUGGAGAGCCAUGAUCCGCUUCAUCCUCAUCCAGAACCGCGCUGGGAAGACCCGCCUGGCCAAGUGGUACAUGCAGUUCGACGACGACGAGAAGCAGAAGCUCAUCGAGGAGGUCCACGCCGUCGUCACCGUCCGCGAUGCCAAACACACCAAUUUCGUCGAGUUUCGGAACUUUAAGAUCAUUUAUCGGCGCUACGCCGGGCUCUAUUUCUGCAUCUGCGUGGACGUCACCGAUAACAACCUGGCGUACCUGGAGGCCAUUCAUAACUUCGUGGAGGUCCUCAAUGAGUAUUUCCACAACGUGUGCGAGCUCGAUUUGGUCUUCAAUUUCUACAAGGUCUACACGGUGGUGGAUGAGAUGUUCCUGGCGGGUGAGAUCCGUGAGACCAGCCAGACCAAAGUGCUGAAGCAGCUCCUGAUGUUGCAGUCCUUGGAGUGAAGCCCCCCCUUUACCCCCCCCCAGCCUUCCUCCUCCUCCUCCUCCUCAGCCAUCCCAGGGCUGGAGCUUGGGGGCUGCAGGGGGGGGCUCUGGGCCUCCCAUAUAUGAAUGGGGGGGGGGGGAAGGGAGCCCCUACACACACCUUUCUGUGUCCCCACCCCCAAAAGGGACCAAUCCCCAACGUUGUAUGUUGUGAAUAAAUGUGGCUGCGCCGUA